CAAAACACGACGCGACCUGGAAAAAUCAUCUCUGGAAAAUCAUCAAAAAGGAUGGAAAUUUGAUUUUCGUGAACAGCAAACACGCAGUUAAUAUUGAGAAAACAUGAGUGCUAAGAAGUAUCUGAAGAUGCCGGCCCAGCAGCCGGCACAACCGGCCGCCAAAACGGAGAAAGAAGAACAGCUCUGGAACGCCCUGAAACGACACAUUAUGCGCGAACGCGAGCGUAAAAAACAAGAGCUGCAAGCGGAGGUGGAAGAGGAACGGCUUCGUCGGGAGCGCGAGGAGCGUGAAAAACAGGACGUGAUGACGCUCGGGGAAACCAAGGAGCAAAUUUUGAUCCUCGAAAAGAAUCUCGAGGAGCUGCGGAACGAAAAGCAGCAGUUGUUCCUGCAGCUGAAGAAAGUGCUAAAUGAGGACGACAAUCGCAAGCGGCAGAUGAAGGAGGAGAUGAUGGCGAUCCAAAAUAUUCCGCAGCAGAUAUUCUUACCGCAGCGCUCCAUCUGUCCACCGCACCAGCAGCAUUUAAUACACAAAGGCAAUCCGCAAGUGAAUGUGGCAAAGCGCACGCACAGUCCCUCGUCACCACAGCAUCUGCAGGGCUACUAUAAGCAGCCCAAUCUCAACAAUCAAAUCUACCAUUCGCCGCAGAAGAUGGAUGAAGGUAGACGGAGUGGCGAAGUGGCCCGUGCCGUUCUGUGGAACAAAUCGCAGUACUGUCCGCCUGUUGGAUUCUAUCCUUCCAACCCACCCUCUAAUCCGCCGCAACCAGAUGUACGCCAACCGCAGCAAAUUCUGUAUCCGUAUCAGAGCAAUCUCACGAUACCGAUGCGCCAGUACGUGGACAUACCACCAACACAGCAGCAUCAACAACAGCAUCAACAGCAUCAACAGCAGCAUUUGCAUCAGUCUGGACUACUCAAGCAAUCGGAACCCCCACAUAUGGUCCAGAGUAGUAAGGCGAUUAUGGGACAAGCGGCUCAGCCCAAUAUUUACCACAUUAGCCUAGAUCAUGCCACGGUUGCCGCCAUGCACGGCCAGCAGUCCUCGAUAUCGGGUCCGCCGCUGAAAACGAUCGCAAUUGAAAAGAUUGGCUCCGAACGGAUCGGUGUACCGUAUCACAUUGAGCUGGCUAAGCAUCAUGACGAACGGAAGGAUCUGCGACCAUCGCAGGUUCUACCUCCUGGCCCGCUGCCGGGCCCCGGUGGAUCGCACUUGCCCGAGGGCAUCUACGCGCCCGGGCUGCGUCAAGGUGCCAUUCAAAUGCACGCGAUUGCCGCGAACUCGCAAUUGCCGAAAAGUGGAAGCAUUACGCAGGGCUACCCGCCGGCCAGAUUACCGCCGAUGCCCAGCAAUCCACAGCAACCGCCGCCUCCUUCGCAGAUGCAUUACAGUCGGCAGCGCUACUAAAAUGGCUGCUGUUCGGCUCUUUCGGGCUGGGCGGCUGCGGUCGGCUGAACCCCACAAAACCGGCAGGAUGUGAACGCCACAGGCUAUGACAUCUAUCUCGUCCUGGCCGAACAAGACUGUUCUCGGUCCAUGUGGGCCCGAUGUCGCUAUUGCUGAACUUAAUAAGUACUACUGAACAACGCUCGCUCAUAAUAAAGUAUUCUUCGAUCACGUGAACUACUACUUUACGGUUGCUUGACUUUUGCUUGGAAAUAUCGAGAAAUUGAGUCCCAUUUGCUGUUUAAAUUAUGAUUCGCUCAAUAACUCUUGAAUGUAUCACGAGGCGAAGACCCAGCACGUGGUUUUUCAGGGCUUC